UAAGGUGAUACCCAUUUCCAAGUAAAGCAGUAGCUCUGGUUUUCAUUAAUAUAAAAAGCCUUUAUUUGGACAUUCAUAGGCCCAACGCGUUUCGUGCCUGUGUGGGCACUUUCUCAUAGGCCGAGCCCUAAUUGCCCUUCACUUUUCCGAUUGGCCGCUUGUCCCACUCUAUACACCCCCUCUUUUUUUUUUUUUUCUACCUUCCGCUAAGUAUGGCCUCCAAGGCAGUGGACUCCGAGAGAAGUUGCGUUCUCUGCUGUCAAUACCUGGACAUUUAUGCUGUGGGAAAAUGCGAUCACCCGGUCUGUUACCGCUGUUCGACGAAAAUGAGGGUCCUGUGCGAGCAGAAGUACUGCGCUGUGUGCAGGGAGGAACUCGAUAAGGUGGUUUUUGUGAAUAAACCGGCUCCAUUUACAAGCCUCCCCUUGCAGCAGAUGCAAUACGAGAAGAAACAUGACAUUUACUUUGAAGAUGGAAAAUUAAUUGCACAGUUCAGGAAGUUGCUGCAGCAUGAAUGCACCCUGUGCCCUUCCAUGCGACCAUUUCAUGCAUUUGCUGAGCUGGAGCAGCACAUGCGGAAACACCAUGAACUGUUCUGCUGUAAACUUUGUGUCCGACACCUAAAGAACUUUACAUAUGAACGAACUUGGUAUGCACGCAGGGACCUGGCACGGCAUCGCAUUCGCGGCGAUCCUGAAGAUACAUCCCAUCGCGGACACCCGCUGUGCAAGUUCUGUGACGAGCGCUACCUUGACAACGACGAGCUGCUCAAACAUCUGCGGCGGGACCAUUAUUUUUGUCAUUUCUGUGAUUCCGAAGGUGCCCAGGAAUAUUACAGUGAAUACUCCUUCCUAAGAGAGCAUUUCCGCCAGAGUCACUUUCUGUGUGAAGAGGGCCAGUGCAACACGGAGCAGUUUACUCACGCUUUCCCUACUGAAAUAGACUAUAAAGCCCACAAGACUGCUUGUCAUAGCAAGAACCGGGCCGAAGCCAGGCAGAACAGGCAAAUUGAUAUCCAGUUUAGCUAUGCACCCCGGCACAACCGCAGAGCAGAAGGUACUUCAGCUGAAUGUAUCCAGGAUAAUCCCGCUGCAGAAGCCGACGAUGCGGCAGCACCUGACCAGGCAGUAACAGCGGCAGCACCACUACCUGACCAGACAGCACCUCCACCUGACCAGGCACUCAGUGAUGUGGGUACUCAGACUGCUAAUGCUUUUUAUGAUCACACUGAGCUGCUAAUCACACUGGUCCACCAGGUGAAUGCCAUGAGGCAGGAGCUUCAGGAGGUCAGAGACCUUGUCCACUCUCUCCAAAGGGACAACACUCCUCCUCGUCCACUGUAGCUUAUCUGCUGCUGAAACCAUAUUUAGCACGGUUGUGCUAUUUUUUGUUGUAAUAAAAAAAGUUAUUUAUAUGUC